GCUGCUUUGAGCCUUUGAGUACCAAAAUGGAGACACAGAGCCAUAGAGUGACAGAGGUAGCGAUGCGCUACAAAAUAGCUAUUUUCUAUAACAGCUAAGAGUCUCCAGCAAAUGAAGAAGAAGAAGAUCAAUGGCUUUAGCGGGCACUUUUUCAGAUGGGCCUGGAGAGCACUAUCACCCGGUAACAUCCAUUCACCCAUCCCUAACUUUCCCCUCUUUAUCUUCUCCAGUAGUUUUCAUGAUGUUGCUGCUGUGCCAAAAACUGAAGAAUCAUACUCUCAACUCAGUAAAUCAACCUUUGCAAGUAUUAUUAAGCUCGAUGAUGCAAUUGGUUUGUACCGUCACAUGGCUACAAUGACACCCCGUCCUCCCAUCACCAAAUUCAACCAGCUCUUGAAUGCCAUUGUCAAAAUGGGUUGUUACCACGAGGCUGUCUCUCUAUUUCGGGAUAUUUUUGUUUCCGGCCAUAUGAUAGACGAGUGCACACUGAGCAUUGCUGCCAAUUCCCUUGCCCGCUUGCACAAGGUAGAAUUGGCAUUUGCUGUUUUAGGAAUCCAUUUGAAGCUGGGUAUUGUGCCUGGUGUGAUUUUGUUCAGCUGCUUACUGAAAGGACUUUUUUUGGAACAUAGGGUUCAGGAUGCUGUUUGGUUGUUCCAGAAGGUAUUGAAUGAGAAAGUAUGUGCGGUAAAUGAAGUUACAUUAUCCAUAUUGAUUGAUGGCCUUUGCAAGGCAGGACAGACCGGUAAGGCUAUUAAGGUGCUUCAUUUAUUUGACGAGAAGGGAAACUGCAAGCCAAAUGUAUUUUCAUAUAACAACAUUAUUGACGCAUUGUGUAAGGAUAAAAUGGUCGACAGUGCUCUUGGUCUGUUAGAGAAGAUGAUCGGAAAGGGAAUUCCUCCGGAUAAUGUGACAUAUUGUUCACUUAUUCAUGGGCUCUGCAAAUUCAGUCGAUGGAAAGAGGUCAAAGAGAUGGUAAAGAGAAUGAUGGAUUCCAAAAUUCCUAUGGAGGUUCAGACUUACAACAUUCUAGUUGCUGGGUUUUGUAGGGAAGGAUGGGUCAGCAAUGCUGCAAAACUCAUAGAUAAAAUGUUUAUAGAAGGUGUGGGUCCAGACGUAGUCACAUAUAAUUGUUUGAUGGAUGGAUAUUGCUCACAGGGAAACAUUGAAAGUGCAUUCGGGCUCUUAAAGACCAUGAUUGAUAUGAGAUGUGAACCUAACAUUUGGACUUUUAACAUUUUGAUAAAUGGAUGUUACAAGAGCAGGUGUUCUUAUAAGGCCACACAAUUUUUUGGAGAAUUACAAAGUCGAGGUUUAAAGACUAGAGUUGUUACCAAUGGAUACUGCUCACAAGGAAACAAUAAAAGUGCAUUCGGACUCUUAAAUAUCAUGAUAGAUAUGGGAUGCGAACCUGACAUUUGGACUUUUAACAUUUUGAUAAAUGGAUGUUACAAAAGCGGGUGUUCUUAUAAGGCCACACAAUUAUUUGAAGAAUUACAAAGUCGAGGUUUGAAGCCCACAAUUGUUACCUACAAUACUAUGUUGAUGGGUUUGUUUCAGGAUGGGAGAUGUGAUGACGCUGAGAUGCUUUUUAAGGAGAUGGUGGGAAAUCGAGAACAUCCAAAUCUCUUCACCUACAAUGUUCUUCUAGAUGGAUUCUGUAAGAAUCAUCGUGUUCUUCAAGCACUUUCUUUACUGAGGAUGAUGGAAGUAGGGAGUCCUGCUCCCGAUUUAAUAAGCUACACUACCGUUAUAAAUGGACUAUGCAAUGAUGGGAAGGUAUGGAGUGCAAUGGAACUAUUUAAUGCCCUUCCCUCUAAAGGAUUGAUGCCAAAUGAUUUUUCUUAUAGUAGUAUGAUAAGUGGACUUUGCCGAGAAGACUUGCUAGAAGAUGCAAGAGAUAUGUUCAAGAAAAUGUUGAAAAACGGUUAUGUGGCUAACAGUGUGGUAUACAAUGUAUUCAUCCGUGGGUUACUGAAAAAGAAUGAGUAUUGUGAAGCUGUAUUACUUUUGGAAGAGAUGUCAAGACUUGGACUCUCACCUGACAAUAGCACUUGUGAGAUUGUACUGAAGACCAUCAUGCAAAAAGGACCGGAUUCCGCUCUGCUUCAUAUGCUCCUGAAUACAAAGGAAAAUUGUGAAAGUAUCAGUUCUUAAGAUAUUUUAAUUUAGCUUACUGCUAGCUAAAACUAUCGAUGUUUAUGUAUAUUUCGUUACAUUCAUCUUUUUUGACUAAAUUUAUCAACAAAUAGCCACAUUUAUGAUGGGAUGAAGUUACUGCUACCAGAGUAGUAUACAUGUGAGCG